AUGCUAAGUACUUUACCUGGACCCUCGACACUUGGAAAACCUGAGGAAUGGAUUAACGAUUUCUAUGAGGAGGAACCAGAAAUGGAAGAUAAACAAUUCACCUACAUGUAUUGUUGCGAAAUGGCAAAAUAUUAUAAUAGUAAAGAAGACUUCAGGCGGUUGCAAAUAAAUGUUAUCCGAAUAACUUCAACGCCCUGUGCUACCAACUCUGUUCCGUGGCAAUUACAGUACUUAUGGAACUCGCAAACCACCUCUCAAUAUAACCAUCCUGUGCAUCCUUCAUUUCCUGAAGCGAUUAUUGACGAUAAAUCUUUUAGUAUUCAGAUUGAUUUCCAAGUUGGCGCUUAUCUUCUUUGGGACGUUACACUCUCAGAUGAACAAGGAUCACAUGUGAAAGCAUAUGUGAAAGCUGUUCAAAAGCAUCAAUAUUUACUUGAUACACAUCAGCUCUUGACAAAGGUUGGGUAUGCGCCAAAGUCUUCAUUCCUGGAAAUAGCUUUUGGUUUAUAUGGAAUACCUGGACAACUGUUCAAUAUUAACUCACAUCAUUUUUGA